AUGAUAUGGAAAAUAUAAUAAAAAAGAAUAACAAUUCUGUAAGUGCUGAAGUUAAUGGUUUUUCUGUCUAGAGUCAUUACAAAACCAUAAGAUCUUAGAGAAAGGAUAGAUAAUAAAAUAAGUGGAGUAUUCUUGUUCCAAGCACUUGAUUAAAAUGAGAAAAACAUAAUUAUCUAUACAAUGGAAGAAAAACACUUCAAUCUUGAGGAUUGGAUCAUUCAUUAAGAAGAUGCAUUAUAUGUAGUGGUUGAUGGCCAACUCGACUUUUACAGAACAUAAGGAUCAAGAACCGAAGCUAAUCAAAUAAUACUAAGGUGGAGACAUGUUUGAUGAGUUUGCUCUCUCUACACCAUCUAAUCUAAUAACGAUUCAGGCUUAUUUGCUUAGAUAGAUCUACUUCCAAUGCUAUUGUCCAAGAAGCAACUGUAAAAAGAAUGGAAUAUGACGAAGAAGUACUAUUUAAAGUUGAAAUACUGAAUCUAUUGGUUCUUAUGAACAAACUUAAAUAUGAGAUGGCAUUUUAAAGCUCAAGAAUAUAUUAUCAAAGAAGGAGAGAAGAGAGAUAUAGGUUCUAUAUAGUAAAAGGAACUUUAAUAGUAUUUUAAUCAAAUGAAGAUGUUCUUAGUUUAGUGAUUAUUUUGGUGAAUUGGUUCUUAUUAAUUAACACCAAAACAAGCUGCUGUUUUAGCUAAAGUAAAAUUGGUUAAUAAUUUUAUAUUGAUAGUGUAGUUGUAUAUUUUGAUUAUCAACUCUUUACUAGACUUAUAGGACCCAUUGAAAAUAUUUUGA